AUGGAAGACUUAAUUCAAUCCUAUAUAACGACAUUUUGCCUUGGGAUCGGUGGUAUGAUCUCUUUAUAUAAUCUUGGAGUUUCUACAAAAUAUUAUUUUACACGAAAUUAUGGAAAGGUUUCAGAUAUGUUUAGAAUAAUUUGCAAUUAUGGUAUCUUUUGGCAAUUCGCCCUACUAUUUGGAUACUAUGCAACUCCAAGUCAAGUAUCAUUAGUAGGAUGUCAAGCUUUAGGUUAUUUAUAUGCAAUUGGCAAAGCAAUUUUUCGUAUAUCUUUUGCUGCAUACCUUUUAUGGAGAUUAAGAUUGAUAGAAAAAAAACGAAAAGAUUCUGUAAUCGGCUUAGAUUCUGAUCCAGGAAUAUCACCAACAUACUUUUGUGAUUAUGAAGACAAUCAACCAACAACUAUUAUAACAUGGUGUUCAAUCAUUUUGGAUUUUAUUAUUUAUACAUAUGCAACAAUUCGAUUCAUUCAAAUUCUUCGUCAUAAUUCUAAUCAAGUUGAAUCAGAAACUGGUAAUGAUAUAAAUGAAAUAACAAAUUCCAGGGUUAAAAUGAUAAAUUGGAGUUUGAUACUUGCAAGUUUAUCAUUUCUUUUAGUUUGGUUUGAAUUUCUUGAUAAUCAAUCUGAUGCGGUUACCGGUGGUUCUCUUUUAGUAUUUGUUCUUAAAACAUUAAUGUAUAUUGUUUUAAGUUUCGUUAUUACUAUUGAUAAUGAAAUUAGACCAACUGAUGAAGUGCCGGUAACUAGAACGGAUCCGGAUCCGGAAAAUAAUGAAUCGGGAAAUAAUGAGUCGGAAAAUAAAGAGGAAACAAAUGUGUGA